CUGGAUAUAUGAAAACAUGGCGGCGCGGACGGAUCUCGGGGUUCCGCUGAGCACGCUUUCUCCCAAGUAUCUUCACGCCAACUCCACCAGCCACACCUGGCCAUUCAGCGCCAUAGCUGAGCUCAUAGACAAUGCCUAUGAUCCUGAUGUCAAUGCCAAACAGUUCUGGAUUGAUAAGACUGUGGUUGAUGGACAAGAAUGCCUCAGCUUCAUGGAUAAUGGAGACGGACUGAACGAUGUAGCUAUCCAGAGGAUGCUCAGCUUUGGGUACAGCGAUAAGACCGUUGUCAAAGGUAAAGCACCAAUAGGUAUCUAUGGCAAUGGGUUCAAGUCUGGAUCCAUGCGUCUUGGAAAAGACGCCAUCGUUUUCUCAAAGUCAAAGACCUCUUCAUGCAUCGGGAUGCUCUCUCAGACCUACCUGGAAGAGAUUGAGGCGGAGCAAAUAAGUGUGCCCAUCAUCAGCUUUGCAAACACAAACAAAAACAAGUUCUCAGUACGAGAGCAGGACAAAGUCAGUCUGCAGCACAUCCUGCGCUAUUCCAUUUUCAAAAAACAGGAGGACCUUCUCAAAGAGCUCCAAGCCAUCAAUUCCUCCUGGUCCCCGGGAAAAACAGGCACACGGAUUAUCAUCUGGAAUCUCCGCAGGACAUCUGUUGGAGAACUAGAAUUUGAUUUCCAGAAGGACCGGUACGAUAUUCGAAUUCCAGCGGAUAUCAAUGAAACGGGCAGCGACACUCAAUUGUCAUCAUACAUCCCUGAGAGUGUUUACUCUCUGCGGGCAUAUUGCAGAAUUUUGUACCUGAAGCCUCGGAUGCAGAUCGUCAUACGAGGUCAGAAAGUGCAAUCUCAGCUCAUCGCUAAGACUCUCGCCUCCAUCAGAAAGGACCACUACAACCCAACAUUCCAGCCCAAACGCGUUCCUAUCACUUUCGGGUAUAACACCAAAAAUAAAGAGCAGUAUGGCAUGAUGAUGUAUCACAAGAAUCGCCUCAUCAAAGCUUACGAACGCGUGGGCUGUCAAAUGAGGGCCAACAAGCAAGGCGUUGGGGUCAUUGGCGUAAUAGAGUGCAACUAUCUUAAUCCCAACCACAACAAACAGAGCUUCGAUGAGACAGAUCAGUACAGGAAAACUAUGACCAUCAUGGCCACCAAACUGGAGGAGUACUGGAAAGAAAUGCAGUACAGCAAGAACAAAGAUAAUCCAAACAGCACCACACCAGUGGAGGAUACCAUGAAGCGACCAGAUCCGAACUGGGCUCAGUGUGAUAACUGUUGUCAGUGGCGAAAACUCCCCGAUGGGAUUGACUGCGACAAGUUACCAAAGGAAUGGUUCUGUCAUAUGAACCCGGACCCUCAGUUCAGGAGCUGCCAGGUAGAGGAGGAGCCAGAGGACUCUGAUGAUGAGCAACCUUCGUACCACAAGACCUACAAACAACAGGAAAAAAUGGACAAAAAGCAGCAAGAGAUGAAUAGAAAAAAGGAGGAGGAGAAUCGAUGGAGACAGGAAGAGCUGCGAGUCGCUAAUCUCGCCAGAGAAAACAGGGAUCUUCAACGGCAACUGAAACGGCAACAGCGUCAAAUGACUGUCGAAUCACCUUCCACCUCCAUUACACCAAAGAGGAGGUCCAAUGCUGGUUCAACUCCAGUGAGGCCCUCCACUAUUUUACAAGCUGAUUGCAGCCCCUCAUGUAGCGAUGGUCUUCCAUUUAUUUCCAAUGUGGUCUCUCUGUCAAAAUCCCGUCCGAGGAAAAAAAGAGAACGGUCUGUUAGUCCUCCAACAACGACCAAAAGAUAUCUAGCAAAUGACUUCGAGAGGAGCAUCUGCGAUACGCCGACAUCUGUGGAUGUGAGCGCACCCUGCUCCCCUUCAGAGCCUGUUGCUUGAUCGACCAUCGGCAGAACAUCGGCCGCCUUCUCAUCACCUCGAUUCCUGCUCUGUCCCUUGACCAAGUGAAUUUUGAGUGCAAUGUAAUCGAUGAGAUCCUCGAACAGUUUCUGUCUGAGAGAGAUUCUGUCAGAGAAGGGGAACAAGGGAAUUAACCAAAUCCUGACAUACACUAUGCCUUUUAAUAUUCCAUACAGAUGUCUUGGAAAUUAGAUUGUAUUUAUUUGAAUGUAUGACUUAUAAACCAAUUUUAUAUUGAUGCACAGUAAAUGCAACAUGCUAUAAAUUGCUUUACAUUAUAUAUUUUUUUUAAGUAACUUUCAGUCUGUCAGCCACCAUUGAAACUCUGUUCAGAUCCACCACUUUACACUGCUAUUCAUUUUUAUGACUGUUGUUGACGCGAAUGAGGUUUAACUCUGUAAAGCAGCAUUAGAUACCUUGAAAAGUGCUAUUUUAAUUGCAGUUCUUCCUCUUCUUAUUCUUCUUCAUCUUCAUCUUGACCUUUUCCUUCUUCUUCACCUACUUCUUCUUUAGCCACUUCCUCUUCUUCUUUACCUAUGUCUACCACUGCACUUUCUGUUUCCUCUUUUUGUCCCACUUCCUUUUCAGCUUCCUUCUUAAUUUUGUAUCCAUUGUAGCCAUAGAGUGAUCGUUUUAAAGCUUUUCCAAACAAAAUGCAAAAAGUCCUGUUUAGGUUGUUUUGAUUAGAGCCUGAAUUUUAUUUCUUAAAUGUUUCUCUUUGAUUUGUACUGAAUCAAGUUUUGUUUUUAUUCUGCCAAAUAAACUUUGUUUGCUUUCUUUA